AUGAAUUUUCGGGACUCAGGAUUAAAUGGCAACAGUGAGGAGAACGCUGGUGAGAACGCUCUCAAGACCAUCACUGGCACAACCGGAUCCAACAUUAGCCCUGGCUGCAGCAGACCGCAUGUCGAUGUGCACAGUGAGGGAAUUGCCUCGCGCAUUACUCGCAGCGAGUCCGAUGCAACGAAGGUAGAGGAUGAGGAUCUGAAGAGGACUCCAACCUCAAGGAAGCUGACCGAUGCGCCCACUGCCAGAGACUGGGCAGGGUCAGUCGAUCAAGGAGUCGUCGAGGAGAAGAAGCCUGGGCAGCACCGCAAGAUCUACGUCCAUCAUCGACAUACGAGAGGACUGACAAAGAUCUGGACCAUUGGCAGCGCUCACCUGCAUUUCCCAUGGAGGUAUCACAGCCAUGGCAAGGACAAAGCACCCGCCGCGGACUCGGACACCGGAUCUGAGACACCGUACAGGAAUGUAGGCUUCUGGCACAACAUCUUCAUCAUGUGCACAACAUUCCCAUACUGGAACAUGGCUUUCUGGUCCGGCUGGUGCUACAGUAUUGGGUCUGCGCUGUUCAUCCUGUCGAGUUGCUGGUCCUGGGUGCCGCUGGCCUACCCUGACGUCGAAGCAGAAGGCCUGGAGAAGUACGGCACACCACUCACUUUCUUUUUUGGCGCUUUGUUGUACCAGGUUGGUGGUGUAAUGGCGUAUCUCGAGGCCAUCAACGACGGCUGUUUCGCUGGUGCUACAAUGAAGCGGCUCCUGGACGGCCACAUGGAUCUUGAGAAACAAUUGCUGGAUGCGAAACUGCAUACAUUCUUCGGUCAUCUGGUUCCCCAUCAUCAUCAUGACGACGAGCAGGGCGAGCAGGGCGAGUCCGCUGACGUUGGGCAGAGCCAUUGGGACGCGCUCCGCGAGGGUCAUAGUGCGCCAGAGGAUGUAUACGAUGGCGUCAAGGAGCGAGUUGCGCGUCGUCAGGGAGUCGAUCACGGUAUGGCGUCCACUGCCCAGCAGCAAGGGGAAAGCAGGGAGUAUCUGACGUGGCGAUGGUGGCCGACGUGGCAUUCAUUCGUCCAUUACCAUAUCAGGGAGCUGGGUUAUGUGGCCUGUGUUGUUCAACUGUUUGGCGUUACCUUGUACGGUGUGACCGCAGUUGUCAUUCUUCCAGGAAUAUAUUCGAGCCUGUCAUGGGGGCAGCUGAUCGGAGCGUAUUGGGUGCCGCAAACAGUGGCGUCCUGUGCCUUCAUCGUCGCCAGUAUCAUGUUCACAAUAAUGGCGCAAGAGAAGUGGAACAAGCCCAAGUGGGGAGCAGUGAGUUGGUGGAUCGGUGUUCAUGCCUUGAUCGGAUCCGUUGGGUUCUUACUGAUUGCAAUAUUCGGCUUCUAUAGCGACAAUCACACCUGGGCGGCAUACCAGAGUUCGUUGUCCAGUAUCUGGGGCUCAACGUUCUAUAUGAUGAGUGGGCUCUUUCAGUGGUAUGAAGCUAUCAACGACAACGUCGGCCCUGUUCUUGCAUUUCCGAACCAGAGAGAGCCGCUUUUGAUCAGACAGGCAAGGAAAGAGAGCGUUGCGACCGGAAUAGAUGAGAAAUCCGAUGUGGUUUGA